AUGGCCUCAGCUGGCGGGGCCGCUAUCUGAUAGGGUGACCUUUAAGUCAAGCCAGUUUCUCUCUCUUUCUUUCUUUGGUUUUUCAAGACGGGGAUUUCUCUGUAACAGCUCUGGCUGUCCUGGAACUCGGGUGAGAUGACCUCCAUCCUGCGAAGCCCUCAGGCUCUCCAGCUCACGCUAGCCCUGAUCAAGCCUGAUGCAGUUGCCCACCCGCUGAUUCUGGAGGCUGUACAUCAGCAGAUUCUGAGCAACAAGUUCCUCAUUGUGCGGACGCGAGAACUACAGUGGAGAAAGGAAGACUGCCGCAGGUUCUACCGAGAGCACGAAGGGCGUUUUUUCUAUCAGCGGCUGGUGGAGUUCAUGGCCAGUGGGCCAAUCCGAGCCUACAUCCUUGCCCACAAAGAUGCCAUCCAGCUUUGGAGGACACUGAUGGGGCCCACCAGAGUAUUUCGAGCACGCCACAUGGCCCCAGAUUCAAUUCGUGGGAGUUUGGGCCUCACUGACACCCGAAACACUACUCAUGGCUCAGACUCUGUGGCUUCCGCCAGCAGAGAGAUCGCAGCUUUCUUCCCUGACUUCAGUGAACAGCGCUGGUAUGAAGAGGAGGAGCCCCAGCUGCGCUGUGGUCCUGUGUGGUACAGUCCAGAGGAAGGGAUCCAUUGUGCGCUGGAACGGGAAGCCCGGGACCAGCCUAGUAAAGUCCUGUCAGUCCCUGAGGGGAAUCAUGGGCUGAAGGCACUGUCUCUCUUGGACCCCAUCACCUGUCCAAAGACCUAGCAUAUCACUGCUCAGCUGCUGCAAUCUAGUUCUCGCUACCUCUUCUAUGGAACGUUCAUGGGUAUUUGGGAAGGUUGGGGACUCCUCUUUUGUGUGUUGAGGGGGUACUGAAACAGGUUUCUCUGUAUAACAGCUCUCUCUGGCCAUCCCAGAACUUGUUUUAUGACUAGGCUGGCCUCGAACUCACAGAGAUCCUCCUGCCUCUGGCUCCUAAAUGCUGGGAUUAAAGGUUGUGCACCACCACUGCCUGCCCAGCUGGUAACUCCUCUUUCUGCAAAGAACUGUCAUCUUUCCUCAAGGAUACUGCCUAUUGACUAGCCAGGAAAGUGCAGUGACAACCAGCAUUUGACCUGGCUUUUUAAAUAAAUUCUGUGCUUCUGCAUCCUCCAGGUUGGCAGCACUCCUGUAC